UUGAAAUCAACCAUAACUAUUCUGUGGUGUAGGAGCUGCAAUUCAUGCUUUAAAUUUUGGACAUUACUAUUGAAGAAAAGUAUUUAUUUUAAUAUUAGAACUUUUGUUUUAUUUAAACUGUCAAACUAUUUAUUACAGUACAUAUUUUCUUUUCCUUUUCAGAGCAAAUAUUCCUGUUUGCAUAAGGAAGACAGUAUCAUCACAAACUGACGAGUCUUUUUUGUUAAUUUUAAACGAAUUUUGUCAAAUGAGAGACCAAUUGGAUGCUGCACAAAAUAAUGUUUUAUUGAAUGUGUUUUCUUCAGCUAAUGAGAGGAUAAAAGUAAACAUGAAAUGCGUAACAGGUUUCUCUCAUGAGACGUUUAUGACAAUAUUCAACUUUUUAAAUUUAUCGGAAGAUUUGUUAAAGAAAGAUAGAAUGCCACCUAUUGAUCAAUUUUUCAUGUUUCUAGUGAAAAUUCGAACUGGAACCACAAAUGAAUUCCUAGGAAUAAUUUUUAAGAUAGCUUCUUCUACAGUUUCAAAGAUUUUCAAUUGUGUAACGAGAAUUGUUUCUACUAAGCUUAAAUGUGUGAAUAUAUGGCCAAAAAAGGCCCAAGUUAAAGAGUUCAUGCCUCUGCAAUUCUUACAUCAAUAUCCAAAUUGCCGAGUAAUCAUUGAUUGCACAGAGCUCGAAAUACAGAGGCCAUGCAAUCCUACAGAACAGCAACUAACUUUCAGCUACUACAAAAAUGCCAAUACGCUGAAAGCACUAGUCGGCAUCUCUCCUUCUGGAGCAGUCACCUUUAUUUCAGAUUUGUGGUGUGGUGCAAUAUCAGAUAAAGCUCUCUUUUUAAAAAGUCAGUUACUUGAUUUGCUCGAGGAAGGAGAUUUAGUAUUAGCUGAUAAAGGAUUUACAAUUAAUUCAGAAUUAUCUAAGAAAAGGGUGUCAUUUAAAAAUACCGCACUUUUUGAAAGGAAACAUUCAGUUCACUCUUGAACAAAGAAGUGAAAAUAAAGCUAUUUCCAAUAAAAGAGUGCAUAUUGAACGGGCAAUAGGAAGAAUAAAAAUAUUCCGCUAUUUUGAGGGAGCUAUUCCAUAUAAUAGCCUACAUAAUUUAAAUGAGGUGUUUUUUAUUG